AUGAGAGAAGUUCAAUUUCAUUCCGAUGCUGUGAAAUACGAAACAAUAACGCGAUGCAGUCGAUUUUAUGGUCCACUUCGAAUUCCGAAAAAGAUUGCACCGAAAAAUUAUGGGAAUCUAUUGAAAGUUCUACAAACUUAUUCGAACUUUGAUUUGAACAAAAAUUGGUUGAAAUUGAUUGGCGAUCAAUUUAAUGGAAAAUCGAUUGAUUUUCAAAAUGAUCAAUUAAUGACUACCUAUACAGCUAAUGUGAGUUUCAAAAAAAAAAGUUUGCCACGGAGCGGGAUCGAACCCCUGACCUAAAAUUCAGGAGACGCGCGUGUUUCCCACUCGGCCACGCGCUCAUAUUUUUCUUCCACGCGAAUGUUUGACAUCACACACACCUAGGCUACGUAUACCUUACGUAUACUUUAGGGAUACUUUAUCCAUAACGUAUACUUUUUUGUCCAUAACGUAUACGUGUUUUCAACGGAUACAAAACGUGUAAAAUUUCAUGGAAGAUUUUGAAUGUUUUUUUGGACUAAAUCUGUCCCUUAUGGGCUUGGGAGUUGGUUUAACAAGUUUUCGCGAGGUUUCGAGACCAUUUCGAAUAAAUUUAUGGUGAAAAUUGAUAUUUUAGAAAAGUGGACGUAACGUGCAUAUUUUUCAUCCGUAAAGUAGACUUGGCAAAAAUUGAUAAAUCAUUGGAGGUUUUUCGAAAAACUUAAUUUUCGUUGUUUUCUCAAUGUUUGUGAUGUCAAAGAAUGAAUCAAAAACUCAAUUCGAUAAUCGGAAAGACUUUUUGAAAAGUACACAUAACGGAAAUGUAUUAUUUCCAUAACGUGUACUUUUUUAUCUCCAUAAAGUAUACGUUAAGUACAUUUUUUGUAACCUAUAAAAAAUACAUUUUCAUUUUUAUAAAUUUUCCAUCCUGCGUCUUAAAGAUAAGCUAUGUCAUGAUUUCAGUACUUAUUCUUCACUAGUAAAUUGUUUUUAUACAAUUUUGGCCAUUUUUGUCUUCAUUUUCCACUCAAAAAGAAAAAUUUGCUCAAAAUUAGGUCUAAGUUUCAUUCCUGGACUGAUAUCCCAUCUAUUUUCAGUCAUUUUCAUAUUUUAUCACGUUUUUAUUUGCAAAUAAACAUUAGUAAAACUCAAAAAUUGCAAGAAAAACGCGAAAUUCAAAAAAAGAUAAGCCCCGCCCACUUCCCACGAAAAACAUAGCGUAGCGCGCAGCACGCGAGGUGUCGGUCGCUAGAAUUAUAUAAGUAGACAGAGCGCUUUCCCUUCCCCAAAGCGUGUUUCGCUGAAAAACGCCGAGGAAUGGAAGUUUUUUUAAAGCAAUAUUGAAUUGCAGUCAAUUUUGAACUGAUCUAUAACUGAAAUAGAUUCACAUUAUCAAUUUGAAAAAUAAAUUCUGAAAUUUCAAAAGUACACUUUUUAUGUCCGUAAUUUUGUCCGUUACGUACACGUGAGAGUCUCCAUAUGGACAUCUCAGGUGUACUUAACGUACACGUGUGCGAGAAUCAAAAAGUGUACGUUAUGGAGACUUUACGUAUACGUACCCGAGGUGUGUGUGAUAUGACGAGGAAAAAAUAGUGUUUUUUUGCAGUUCAAAACUCGUUGGAUGUAUUUCUCAAUGUUUUUCACAAUUUUAACAAUGAUAUUUAUUUAUUUUCUAUUCUCCAUGUCAAAAACACUAACAAAUCGAGUUUUAAAAUUUAUCAAAUUCCGAAAAUACUACACGGCCUAUACAAUUAUCCCAGUUUUUUGCUGUAUUAUGAUUAUUUCGAUUACCGUAACAUUUGGAAAAGAAACGACUAAAGCUGAAAUUGCUAUUGGGAAUUCGGAAAAAUGGCUGGAAACUGCGCAGAGACGUGGGUUUUUUCAGCUAGUUAAAUUUUCACUGAAAAAGUUUUCAGGUAGCAGAUAUGUGAGAGAGCAACGUUGGGACGAAUUGAAUUGCUCAACUGUUUUACCCGAAUUAAGUGCUCAGGAUUUAGCCGAGUUUGAAUUUGGGAUUUUUGGAAUCACAUCAGCGAUUAUAAAUGGAGCCAUCAAAUUAAAAUUAGGAAAAUCGAUGAAAAAUCAAUUGUCAGAUCUUGCGGUUCGCGCAUUAUUAUAUUACUACAAAUUUCAACAUGAGGUGGUUUUCAACGAGUUUUUUUUGCUGAACCAUCGAACUUUUGAAUUGCUCAAAAUUCCCAGUGAAAAUCUGAUAAACACUGCGAAAUAUGUGAUUUUUAUGGUAUCCAUGGUUUCGAUUUGCUUCACUUCUUUUAUUUGUUUGAUGGUUUUUUUGGAUUUGAAAAAUCAAUGUGAGUGAAAAAAAAAUAUAUACCGUAGUUGUUUCCCGACGAGACCCUAUGUGUGUUUCGGCUGUUGCGCCUUUCAAAAACUACGGUAUUUUUUGUUUUUUUUCCGGUUUUCGCUGUUUCUACAUGAAAAAAGGCAGAAAUCAACCAAAUUGAUAACAAAUCGAAGAAUAAAGAUAGUUUAACUCUGCUUAAAGCAAGAAACACUAUGAAAAAGUGUUUUAUUGAGACCAAACCUAUUUUUCGGUUGAAAAUUAGGCAAAUCGAGCAAAUUUAUCUCUAAAUUAGUUAUAAUUCACUUUUUUCAUGUUAUUUCAAGUUGAAUUCCUCAGGAAUUGCUCGAAUUUCAUAAUUUUCAACAGAAAAACAGAUUUUUCCUCAAUAAAACACUUGAAAAUCGUUUAUGACCUUAAAAAUAGCGUUUUUGAUGGCUAUUCCUGAUCAAAACAAGGAAUUCAACUCGAAAAAACAUGAGAAAAGUGAAUUAUAAUUAAUUUAGAGAUGAAUUUGCUCGAUUUUCGUAAUUUUAAACCGAAAAAUCGGUUUUUCCUCAAUAAAACACUUUUUCAUAGUGUUUCUUGCUUUAAACAGGGUUAAACCAUCUUUAUUUUUUUUUUGAUUAUCAAUUUGGUUGAUUUCUGCCUUUUUUCAUCUAGAAACAUCGAAAACCCCGGGUUUUCAUGAGGUAGCCUAACUUUUUUUCAAUUUUUAUAGAUUUUUUUCAUAUAUUUUUCAAAUUUUUCCGAAAUCUCUCCCCAAAAAACUCACCGAUCGCUUCAAAUCACACAAAAAUUCGAAAUCCUUCAAGUUUUCCACGUUUUUGACAUUGAAAUCCAAUUGUCCAUCAAUAUUUCGAGCUGAAAAUCAGAAAAUUUUUUGAAUUUUUCAUGUAGAUUGAGUUCUGCUAACUCCAUUUCUGUUUCUAUAGAUUUCUGAGGGCUUUUUCUGGGUCUCACAACAAUUUUCUAGCUAUUUUUCAAAGGUUGACAGCAAAAUCUUACCCAAACCCAUUUUCCAUCGAUUUUUGAGUGAAAAAUCCAGUAGUUUUCAUGAAAUCCGAUGUUUUUUACUUCAAAUUCAAUCAAUAAUCGUUCUCCUCACAUACAAAAUAAUUUUUGACUCUGAAAACCCAAAAAUUUCAAUUGAAACCCUGUUUCUCUGAAAAAAACCCACCUUUCUUCGAUAAUCCUCCGAUUUUCCGUUGAAAUCGAUAAUUUCAGCCUUGUAGAACAUCUGAAAAUUCAAUUUUUGACUGAAAUCCACUGAUUUUCCCCGGAAACCUGAAAACCCGGCGAAAAAACAACGAAAAAUGAAAAAAUAUUCUCGUGUUGCGCUAAACAGCGGGCAAGCGGAACUCCGGAGUGUCGUUGUAAAAGUCAAUAAAAUUUUCUGUUUUGGUUUUUUAUUUUUUGAAAAAAAAAACGAAGCGGUGUUUGCACACAUCGAAACACUUGAUUUGACGCCAAUUUUUUAAAAAUAAUAUGUUUUGCAGACCCACAAAUCAUCAAAUUCAUCCAACUUUUCUCCCCAAUUCUCCUCCUAUUCAUAAUCCUUGGUUAUUUCUUCAUCUGGUUCAUUUUCACCUCGAUUGUUGGAAGUUACACGGUAUUCUUGCAUUUGACACAUUCACAAAUUCAAGACGAGAUUUGGUUUCAUCGAACUGAAACUCAACAAUUUUUUGAUUGUUUAACGAAUUAUAACAUUAUAAGUGUUCCGAAGGAUGUUAUUAUGAAAGGAGUGGAGUCGAAAUCUUUGACGAUUUUUGAUGUUUAUCCGAGAAAAAUCAUCGAAGAAUUGAUGAGUAAAACGAUCUCGAAUCCGGAUUCGACUCAUCCCGAUUAUCAAUAUCAUCAUUUUCUCUCGCAAUGUGUAAGUCACCUCUUAAAUCAAACAAUCUUAAAAGCCCGCUAAAAACUGCGAAAGUCGUCAACGAGGAGUCUCGUUGUUUUCUUUUUUUGUUGGAAAAUUACAAAUUGCAUGAAAAAAAAAACAAUUUUCUGAGGAUAAAAACUAAGAUUCAAUAUUUUCAGAAGAAAACUUGUAUUUUUGAGUUUUUUGAGCGAAUUAUGCAAUAUUGCGGUCAAAAAAUCAAUAUUUUCAUCACAAAAAUGAUUGUCAAUCCGAAAAAAAAACAUUUUUGCAGCUAAAAAAUGAGACUUUGUGCACUUGGCAACUUCCGCACUUCUAUUCGAAGCACCCAAGAUGGAUUCGUUUCCUAGCGUUGAUUAAGAACGAUUUUCGUGUGUCGGCAAUCAGCUAUUUGAGAUAUUUGUCGUUUUUUAAGCAAAAUACAUUCGUGCCAAUUGCUGGUUUGGUUUGGAAUAUUCGUAAGUUUUUUUUUUUUUUGAAAAAGACCACCCACGAAGUUCAAUGUAUGCAAUUCUGGUCAUUUAGAUACCCCAUAAAGCUAUGUUCCUUUAAAAUUUGAGGAUUUUUGCAGUUCCCCUACCAGCGCUGAUCUUCUUCAAUCUGAUCUUCAUCCACUUCGCAACUCCAUUGAUUCGUAAAAAAUCUGAAGAAUCGAGCUCUGAUGUUUUGAUGUGA